AUGCAAGAUGCUGCUGGUGGUGGUGGUGAUGAAGAUGUAAUUGCUGACCAUCUAUCUGCUGAGGAAGUGGCGGGAAUUAAGCAAGGAUUUUAUUUAAUGGAUAUAAGCAAGCAAGGAAAGACAAACAUUGCUGAGUUGAAAGGAGGAUUACAGAAGGUUGGUCAACAGAUCCCUGAUGCAGCACUUCAGAUACUUAUGGAUGCUGUGAUCAGUGAACCUCCUUAUAAAUCUUUAAAGCUAAACCUAAACCAGUUCUUGCUACAUGUCGGUCUUUCAGCUUUGCAACCUUCACACUUGGAGAAUCAUGUGAUUGAACAUGAGAAAGGGGAGGACUUCCUUAGUACAAGUUUGGGAAGUGGGAAUGCUCAACAAGGUUUGCUUAGCGGGAUCACAAUUACAGCUUUUGAGAUGCAACAUGACUUUGUUUUACAGUUAUUGGCAAAUGAAAGAGGUAUCCAUUAUAGCUAUUAA